UUGAUUUGAGUAACUUAUCACUAAAUAGAUAAAAUAGAGGUGUUGGCUUAACGUCACUAACAAUGUGACAAAUAAAAAUGAUUUAAGGAUAAAGUAACAAGUGCCGAGAACUUGUUGAAGACGUGCGUAUGGUGAGAAUGUGGCGCUCUCCCCCCAGACGGGCGGGGGGCGGAGUUCCACACCCGUACAAUGCACCUAUGCAGCGUCGACGCACCCCUCCCGCCACCUGCCUAUUUAAGGGCUUGCUCAGAAAUUCACGCUGUCAGUUCCCGCCGAAUCCCGGCGGCGACCGGUCGUUAUGUGCCCUCUGCCCGCGAACGAAACCGAUUAUUAUCUUGAAAGUUCAGAGUAUUUUAAUGCCACUUCGUCUUAUAUCUCUGCCGUAAACGAGACUUUUUUUGAUAUUGCUACAGAAAAUAUUGCAACUCUUUUGAACGUUUACUAUACGCCGCUGCUGGUGGCGCUCGGUUGCAUCGGUAAUCUUCUUUCGGUAUUCGUUUUCUAUCGGACUAAGUUGCGACUGCAGUCCACCAGCCAGUACCUAACGGCACUGGCUUUAUCAGACACCGUUUUUCUGUUUCAACUGAUCCCCCCUUGGCUGAACGCGGUUGAAGUUACCGGUUUAUUUUACAAACACGGCUUUUGCCAAAUCUUUGUUUAUGUCACGUACGUGAGUUGCUGCAUGAGCUCGUGGCUCGUGGUCGCCUUUACGGUAGAACGUUUCGUCGCGGUGCUGUACCCGCUCCGACGCAAUGCUCUGUGCACGGUCACUCGCGCCCGUCACAUUAUCUUCACUGUUCUCUUGGCGUCAUCGCUCAUCAACCUGCCGGUGCUGCGGUUCGCGGUUCCCUCGAAAAAUGAUUGCAACAUAGAUUUCGAGUACUUAGACCAGGCGGCGCGGUUCAACCUUGUCGAUACGGCGCUGUCGUUUUCUGUACCCCUAUUUUUAAUCACAAUAUUGAACACAUGGAUAAUGAUCGGCGUGUGGAAGCUCGAGCGGCAACGGCGUCAGAUCAUGAAGGAGGAGAUGGAGAGGGCCCGCGCGCGACCGUAUCGCACCACGGGGUGCCCGCGCUCUCAGCACCGAGUCACCCGCAUGCUUCUCAUCGUGUCGUCGGUGUUCGUCGUGCUCAACCUGCCCGCCUACACGAUGCGAAUCUUGGCCUAUGCAUAUAAUAUGAACGAAGAAGAGUACAGCGGUCGGUGGGCGGCGGUUCAGCAGCUGAGCUUACUGUUCUUCAACACCAACUUCGGUAUCAACUUCAUGUUGUAUUGCUUGAGCGGGCAAAACUUUCGUCGUGCGGUGCAGCAAACACUACCGUGCCUGAGGAAGCGUGCGGACCAUCGGGCGGCGCGGCGAGCCACGCAGACCAGACCGGGCAGUGGAUCAAGUAAGUAGCUCCCGAUAUCAAACGCAUUUAUACGUAGAUUUUUUUUUGUUAAAUUACUGGUGGUAGGACCUCUUGUGAGUCCGCACGGGUAGGUACCACCGCCCUGCCUAUUUCUGCUGUGAAGCAAAUAAUGCGUUUCGGUUUGAAGGGUGGGGUAGCCGUUGUAACUAUACUGAGACCUUAGAACUUAUAUCUCAAGGUGGGUGACGCAUUUACGUCGUAGAUGUCCAUAGGCUCCAGUAAUCACAUAACACCAGGUGGGCUGUGAGCUUGUUCACCCAACUCAGCAAU